AUGGCAGCUUCUGACGUGAAUGCACCUCCGGGUUAUUCCCAUGACACGGAAAAGGACUCCUCCAAGGCAGCUCCGUCUAAUACCACAAAUGAAGACAUCGCACAGAGAAAUGCCUUUGGCGAUGAGACUCAUCGGAGGCUCAAGGGCCGUCAUAUUCAGUUGAUUGGUAUCGGAGGUACUAUCGGUACUGUUCUUUUUGUCCAAAUUGGUAAAGGUCUGAUGCAAGGCGGUCCUGGAAGUCUCUUCAUUGCGUUCUCCUUCUGGUGUCUCAUUGUCCUCACAAUUACAAUGGCUGUUGCAGAAAUGGUAUCAUACACACCAAUUUCAUCUCCAUUCGUCCGAUUCGCAGGCGUUUACGUUGACGAAGCUCUUGGGUUUGCCUCUGGAUGGAACUUUUUCAUAUUUGAAGCUGCACUCGUGCCGUUUGAAGUAACAGCUUGCCACUUUAUUCUCCAAUUCUGGACCGACGCAAUUCCUGUGGGGGCGACUAUCGCCGUGAUCAUCGUUUUGUAUGCCCUCAUCAAUCUUAUGGCGAUUCAGUAUUUCGGCGAGACGGAGUUUUGGGCCUCUGUUGGAAAAGUGAUUUUGAUCGUUGGCCUCAUCUUCUUCACAUUCAUUGUCAUGGUUGGCGGCAAUCCUCAAGGAGAUGCAUUUGGAUUCACGUACUGGAAAAGCCCUGGUGCUUUCAACACGUUGUACUAUGAUGGAGCGUUGGGCAAAUUCGUCGGCUUCUUAUCCUGUCUCAUUCAAGCCGCAUUCUCCAUCUCGGGCCCUGACUACGUUGCCAUGGCUGCUGGAGAAGCAGAAAACCCUCGCAAGAUUCUCCCACGAGCGUUCAAGACGGUGUUCUAUCGCUUGACUUGUUUCUUCGUUCUAGGAACAUUGUGCGUGGGUAUCCUUGUACCAUACGACGACCCAAAUAUGAUUGCUGCUUUCAGGGAUGGAAAAGCUGGAGCUGCAGCUUCACCAUAUGUUAUUGCGAUGGACCGCCUCGGCAUCAAAGUUUUACCUCAUAUUGUCAACGCCAUGAUUCUCGUCUCGGCGUUCUCAGCCGGUAACUCAUACGUUUUCUGCGCUACAAGAUCUUUGUAUGGUCUUGCCCUUGAGGGUAAAGCGCCACGAUUCCUCAAGACUUGCACCAAGACUGGUGUUCCUAUUUACUGUGUCGCUGUUGUUCUAGUUGUCGCGCUACUAUCUUUCCUUCAAUUGUCGAACAGCUCUGCAGUUGUCCUGAGUUGGUUUGUUUCUUUGGUCACUGCAUCUCAGCUGAUCAACUUUUGUGUAAUUUGCUUUACCUACCUUUGCUUCUAUCGAGCUAUGAAGGUGCAGAACUUUGAUCGCUCGGUGCUUCCUUAUCGAGCUUGGUUCAUGCCAUAUGCUGCCUACAUCGGUCUUGUGGCGACCUUCAUUAUGGUAUUUGUUGGAGGAUAUACAGUGUUUUUGCCCGGCAUGUGGAAUGUCCCCAACUUUCUCUUCUCAUACACUUCUGUCGGACUGUUCCCUAUACUGUACAUUGGCUGGAAGAUCGCACAUAAGACUAAGGUCCACAAACCGACCGAGAUUGAUCUCAAGUAUAAUUUGGCUCCCAUUGAGGAGUACGAACAGAAUUUUGUCUCUCAGCCACCAAAGAACUGGUUUGAGAAGAUCCUGCACUUUCUCUUCGAAUAG